GGCUAUUUUGAGGUGAAACCAAUUUAAGGAUUAUCAGUUUGAUCAAAAUACUAUUUAAUUUUAGUCUAGACAAGAACAGGGACACUUGAGCUCGUUUGUUUUGUUGUAGGAUUAUGUAUAGCCCAGGACUAUGCAGCUAAUUAUGUUUUAAAAAAUGUAACCACACAAACUGGUAUGCAGGGUAAAGUUGACUAGGUGCCACUGUUGCCAGAGUUUGCGCGUGCACGCUAGACCGUUCCAUUCGUCCUAAAGUUUCUUUAACCCGUGUUACGCCUUCCGGAACCGGAUCGUAAAAAAUGUACUCGCCCAUUACAAUGCCCUCAACUACUGACACGAGGUUUUGACUAGGUUUGUUUAAGCACCAAGAAAGGAAGAUACAAGAAUUGUAAUGCAAUGGCAGUAUGGUGUCAUGCUGUGUGUAGUUAAAGAUGGGCAUCUGAAAGUUUGUGAAAGCAACUUCUCCUGCUCUUCCUGUUGCAUCUUUUUCCAAAGGAUGUUUGGGUCUGAAGGAGAGUGUCUUCAGUGAUGUUGGGAUCUUCAGAUGGAUGAGUGUGGUGAAGACGUCCUUACUCCUGAGCUGUUGUACUUGGAGUUCCCUACCCCUUCAUCUUCUUCCUAUUAAGCCAUAGUGGCCUAAUCCUGGCCCAAGAUGGAUCCUUUGGCACAAAUGCACUUCACCACUAUCGACUAUGUCAUAUUUGCCGUCUUGCUGCUGGCAUCCAUGGGCAUAGGACUGUACUAUGCCCUGUCAGGGGGUCGACAGCGCACCACUCAGGAGUUCCUAAUGGCAGACCGGAGCAUGAGCUGCCUUCCCCUCUCUCUCUCACUAAUUGCUACAUUUCAGUCAGCUGUAGCUAUAGUGGGUGUGCCGGCAGAGGUCUAUAACCAUGGUACUCAGUACUGGUUCAUAGGCUGUGCUUACAUCCUGGGCCUACUCAUUCCAGCACAUGUUUUCAUUCCUGUGUUCUACAGGCUGCAUCUAACCAGCGCUUACCAGUAUCUGGAACUGCGCUUCAACAAAGCAGUGCGUAUCUGUGGAACAGUUACCUUCAUCUUUCAGACGGUGGUCUACAUGGGGGUUUGUGUUUAUACUCCGGCACUAGCACUCAACGCAGUUACUGGCUUUGAUUUGUGGGGUGCAGUACUGGCCACAGGAAUUGUGUGUACAGUCUAUACAACUUUGGGAGGCCUGAAGGCAGUGAUCUGGACCGAUGUCUUCCAGACCCUAGUCAUGUUUGCUGGCCAGCUUGUUGUAAUUGUGGUGGGGGUUCAUCAGACUGGGGGGGUGGCUGAGGUCUGGAGGAAGGUCUGGGAGGGAAACCGCAUCUCUGGCAUAGACCUGAACCCUGACCCUACGGAGAGGUACACAUUCUGGACCCUGGGGGUGGGAGGGGUCUUCAUGAUGCUCUCUCUGUACGGUGUCAACCAGGCCCAGGUACAGAGAUACCUCAGCUCCAAGACCGAGAGGAAUGCAGUCAUGUCUUGCUACAUGGUGUUUCCGUCUCUGCAGCUAGCGCUAGCUCUGAGCUGCGUCAUGGGCUUGGUUAUGUUUGCACGGUACUGUGGGGAGGACCAUUUCCACAAGCUGGGCGUCUUCUCCAAAAAUGAAAUGGUGUUAUACUUUGUGAUGGACAUGCUACAGGGUUUGCCUGGUCUGUCCGGGCUGUUUAUUGCCUGCUUAUUCAGUGCAACUCUCAGCACCAUCUCGUCCGCCUUUAACUCUCUGGCCACAGUGACCAUGGAGGACCUGAUCAAACCACAGUGCCCACCCAUGACAGAAACCAGGGCCACCCUACUCUCCAAGGGACUGGCAUGUUUAUAUGGAUUGCUGUGUCUGGCAAUGGCGUAUGUAACCCACCUGAUGAGCGAUUCGGUUUUGCAGGCUGCUUUCAAAAUCUUUGGAAUGAUUGGUGGUCCUCUUCUUGGCGUCUUCUGUCUUGGAUUGUUCUUUCCACAGGCUUCCUCGACAGGUGCCUUGGUGGGUUUGGGGUCAGGCCUGGUGAUGGCCUUUUGGGUGGGCAUCGGGAGCAUCCUAACCCAGACCUCUGGAGGUCCUGCUGCUGUUUCCCAUUUCAACUGUACUACUGUACAGCUCUCAGUUAACAUCACCGCAGCCAUAGGGACUGCAGUUAUCAGUACUGCUGGGCCUACUGGAACAUUGAGCCGACCAACAGGACUGCAGAGAUUUUAUUCCUUGUCCUUCAUGUGGUACAGUGCUCUCAACUCUUUCACUGUGGUGAUCACAGGGUUAAUCGUUAGCUUUCUCACAGGUCCAAUGAAAGAGGACGAUGUGACCCCAGGCACUCUGUAUCCAUUGCUGGCCAACAUGCUGUUCUUUGUACCAGAUCAUCUCAGACAGAAGCUGUGCUGCACCACAUCACUGGAACACAGGACACUCAUCCAGGAACAUCCACCUGUCCUAUACAAGGAGAGCAGUGGUCAGGACAUCUACACAGAAGACAGCUUGCUUGAAGAGAGACAGAGCUUUCUUCCCACCUCCCACACAUCUGUUGUGGAACGUGAGACAACUUUGUGAAGAACAGAGACUCUUCCAUAACCUCAUGUUAUGUAAAUUCCGGCACUGAUAUAGUCUGCUCCCAAUUGAAUGUCUAUGAGUAGUAUUCAGAGAGAACUUGUUAGAUGGUGAGGAAAUGUUCUUUUUUUUUAUUGCGAAGCUUUUUUCCAGGCUAUUGUUUGUAAUCCAAAUUACUGUUGGUUUGAAAAUGUGCCAACAAUGUGUACAUGUUCACUGUAUGUGAUGCCUAGCGACACCAAAGAGGUGUACAGUAUUUCAUAUAUUGACAUCAGACAUCAACCCAUGGCCAUAUUCUUGAGUCCUUUAGUUGAGGACAAUCAGAUUUGAAUGGACCAUUUUUUUUUGUUGUUGUAAUAAACAUGGGGCAAAAACCCUACAGAAAGAAAGAGAACUGAUAAAUAUUACUUGACUAAAAGCACUGUGCUAAAAAUAUUUUAUUACUUCUCAAAGUAGUUGGUUCUUUCACUAAUGUGUUCUGGGGCAUAACUGUAUCAUGUAUGCCUAGUAUGUGUAGACAGAUAUUAUUUUGUAAAGAUUAUACUACUGAGAGAAUCAUUGUUGAAAUUAAACAUAUUUCAUAGUA